AUGUGGAAAGUGUUUAAGAGCCUGGUACUAGACAUCACAGACCAAGACCAAGAAUGGUUGCUUCCACACUGGGGACCACAGCACCAGCGCCGCAGCCGCUCUGGAGCUCCAGACCCUCGGCUUGAACAUGACCAAGCCCUGCCUCUCCUCGGGGCGGCAGCACGGACUCUAACACCCGGGGAACCGCGCCUGGUCUGCGGGUGCCUUCAGUCCGGGAGCCCGCUGAUACUGCUGCCGCAUGGAGAGCGAGGUGUAACUGGUCUGAAGACCGUGUGGAUCAUGACUGGUCCAAACUCCCCCAACAGAAGCAGCUCCAGCUCAGUCAAACUGAGACACACCAGGUCGAAGAGCUCGAGCGCUCACUGCCUGCUGAGUCGGUGCAGACCUCCCUCUCCAGGGGAGGAGGGAGAGGAGGGGGAGAAAGAGGGGGGAGUCCAGUUUCACGUGAACCGCGGAGGUUUCCCCAUCGAGCCCCAGACCUGGGAGCAGAUGUGGAACCAUGUGGGGAACCUGCAUCCAGAGGGACCGAGUCUGGGGGAAAAGAUCCGGAGCGCCCCCUACCUGCCCAAGCCUCCGGUUCCGUCAGUGCCAAACUUCAAACCGUCCAUGUCCAUCUCUGAUUGGCUGACGGCGGUGCAGAACUACAUGAAGGCUCUGCAAUACAAUCACACUGGGACUCAGUUCUUUGAGAUCAAGAAGAGUCGUCCUCUGUGCGGGUUGAUGGAGACGGCUCGGGACAUGAUCCGGGAGUCUCUGCCGAUCAAGUGUCUGGAGGCGGUGAUCCUGGGAGUGUACCUGACUAACGGCCUGACCUCUCUGGAGCGGUUCCCCAUCUCCUUUAAGACCCAGUUCUCGGGUCACUGCUUCCAUCACGUGGUUCUGGGCGUCUGCUGCAACGGUCGCUACGGCUCUCUGGGAAUGAGUCGCCGUGACGACCUCAUGGGCAAACCACUCUGCCACCGCACCCUGGGGGACCUGGUGGGGGAGUUUGAGAGUUCCUACAGGAGGUACCAGCACACCAUCAAGAAGGUGAAGAUCGGUCUGUAUGUGCCUCAUGAUCCUCACGUGUUUCAACCGAUCGAGUGGAAACAUCUGGUGCUGAACGCAGCGAGACUCGGAGCUUUGGAAAUGAGGAGAGAACUGGAGAAACACGGGAGAGACAUGAGGAUGAAGAUCCUGAAGUCGUCCAGCGCACAGUCUCCCGUCAAAGAGCGAAGUCGAGGGAAGAGUCUGUCUCCACGGCGACGGCGGAGCGGCAGCCCCCAGCGACGGCAAGCGAGGAGGGACAAAUCACCUGCCUGUGUGGACCGGAAGCCCGCGGAGCUCAGCACACUCAGCGAUGGAUACCAAAUAAGGAUCUAA